AAUUUGUGCAUAAUGUGAGUUUCCUGGAACAAAAUAAUUAUUUUUAUAAAAUAAUUACUACAUAGUUACAUUGUAUUACUUUCAACACAAUUUUAGGAUGCUCACUGCCCAAAAGAAAGGACUUGUUUUUCCAAUGUUAUGUGAAUUCCACUUAAAAUAGAUUCAUUCCAGACUAUGAUGUAGUGCUGGGAAUUUUUGUUUGGCAGUGAUGUACAUUACCACGGUACCUCGUUAUCGGUUGUACGAAACGACCGCACUACCAACCAUAUUAUGGUUAACCAAUGAUGUGUCAACACAUUGCGAACAACAGAUUGAGGAAAACAGACUGGAUUUUUUGCCUAUACGAGUAUAGGAUCCAAAACCCAGAACAUCAAUUUCGGGACGACAUAGAGUCGUUCCGUGAGGAAAUCGAACCCGUGACACCUUGCACGGCAGCCAGUUGCCUUCGUUUUAUUGUUUUCGUGCUGACUGUUAAAAUCGUGAUAUUGUUUCGUGACUGACUUGAAGUAAAGUAAAUAAAUCAGUUGCUUAGUAUUACUAUACUAGCCAGCUCUUAACAUCAAUAAAAUAAUUUGAAAGCAUAUUAAAAAAAAAAAUGCUUCAUAUAAAUAUUCCCCGAAAGACUGGGCCGAUCCGAGCCCUAUGGCGCGCCUCUCGAUGAAUUGUCAAUGACGUCAGACACAAAAGAGGCCUCGUAAAACUAUCAUUGUAAGAGUAAACAAUGACAACCAUUGAUUUAUUACUGGUUUCUAACUAGUGGGGUGGUUUAUCGUCCUUACCCUUAAGGAGAAAGGUGUGCCUGGGAAGUAUGUGCACAAGUCCGGUCUGCAGCGGGCACCACUAGCUAGUUCAAUGUGGCUGUCGGUUUACACCAAGGGUCGGCUCUCAGCCCUUACCUCUUCCUGAUAAUAAUGGACGCUCUGACGUCGGACAUUCAGGAAGAGGCUCCCUGGUGUAUGCUGUUUGCCGAUGAUAUUGUGCUGGUUGCCGAGAGUGCCCUAGAGGUCCAGAGCAGAUUGGAGGUGUGGUGGCAAAGACUGGAGAGUGUUGGCCUAAAAUUGAGCAGAACUAAAACAGAGUACCUGUUCUGCGAUUUUGGCGGUCUCUCUAGUCCUGUGCCCAUAGCUCUCGCCGGAACGCCCAUACCAACCUGUUCCGAUUUUCGGUACCUUGGGUCGGUUAUCCAAGGGAAUGGUGAUAUAGACCGAGACGUGGCACAUCGGAUCAACUCAGGAUGGAUGAAAUGGCGACAGGUCACUGUAACAACUUGCG